GUAAAAUUCAUGUUAAACAGACAUGUUUUUUUUUCCUGAUUUAGUAGUUCAAGAAAAGAACACAAAAAUGGAACUCAUAUAAAUAACUAAAGGAGAGAACUCAUCCUUCUCUUGUAACCUUUUUGCUUGAGCGUAUAAUCAUCAUUAGCUGAGGCAAAAUUGCCAAUUGAAGAUAUUCUUUCCCCAUCUUAAGGAACACAAUGCAAGGCCUUAUGCGCGUUGUUAGAUCAUGCCAUGAAAAGCUCAAGGUUACAAUUCUACAGCACCCACAAUUCAAAAGCGCGAAUGAGAUGAACAAAGUAUUCGCAAGAUUUGGACGUGUCAUCUCCUUCCCAACGAUGCAGAGCAAAGAAGCCAAUGACAUAAUUGUUGCAGAAUCUUCCACAAUGCAACAAAAGGGGUUAGAGAAUACAACAGUCGCCGAUGUACUAAUGAUAAAAGAUGAAGAAAAAGGUAACUCGUGGCUUUUUUGUCGGACAAAUGACACAGCGUAUGAUGCCAUCAAGAAAAUGGCAGCAAACAACAUCGGGUCUUUGGUGGUUCUAAAGCCCGGAGAGAAUCAGCUUAUAGCUGGAAUUAUAACAGAAAGAGACUAUCUGCGGAAGGUAAUUGUACAGGAUAGGCCAACUAAAUACACAAGAGUCGGAGAUAUCAUGACCGAACAGAGCAAGCUGAUAACCGUUACAUCCGACACAAACAUUCUUAAAGCAAUGCAGCUCAUGAGUGAGCAUCACAUACGACAUGUUCCAGUGAUCGAUGGGAAGGUGAUAGGCAUGAUUUCUGUUGUGGAUAUUGUAAAAGCAGUGGUGGAUCAACAAACUGGAGAAGUGAAGCAACUGAAUCAAUUCAUCCGAGGAGAUUACUAUUGAAAACAAUAUUUAGCAACCUCAAAACUUUGUUUGUUGAUAGACAUGAAAAACUAUUACCAAAACAAUGCUGUCAUUUCUCAGGAUAUUUCUCUAUAUAUCUGCUAAAACACUUUCUUCUGCUACUACUAAUACCUGGAGUUUUGUCUCGCGCCUCUAGGUAUCCUCUACCAACUCACCUGUGACUGUUUUGGGUACACAUGUUAUCCUCUAGCUCGAAGUCGUUUAAAUUGUAAACAGUAAACAUGUGUGUUUAAAUUUUAAAUCAUUGUGUAUUUUACUAAACUAAUUUUUAAAUGAUACUUUGGAACUUUUACUACUAA